AUGGCCGGACCCCGAAUCGCAAUCGUCUACUACUCCAUGUACGGUCACAUCCGACAGCUGGCAGUUGCUAUGCAGAAGGCCAUUGUCGAGGCCGGAGGACACGCCGACCUGUUCCAGGUCCCCGAGACUCUCCCCGAGGAGGUGCUCGCCAAGAUGGGCGCUCCCCCCAAGUCCGAGGACCCCGUUGCCUCCACCGCCACCCUGGAGGAGUACGACGCCUUCCUGUUUGGCAUCCCCACCCGAUUCGGAAACUUCCCCGCCCAGUGGAAGGCCUUCUGGGACCGAACCGGAGGCCUCUGGGCCAAGGGCUCGCUCCAGGGCAAGUACGCCGGCGUCUUUGUCUCCACCGGAACCCCCGGCGGAGGACAGGAGGUCACCGCCCUCAACUCUCUCUCCACCCUCGCCCACCACGGAAUCAUCUACGUGCCUCUGGGCUACAAGAACACCUUUGCCCAGGUGACCAACCUCGAGGAGGUCCACGGAGGCUCUCCCUGGGGAGCCGGCACCUUUGCUGGUCCUGACGGCUCCCGACAGCCCACUCCCCUGGAGCUCGAGGUUGCCCAGAUCCAGGGCCGAGAGUUCUAUCUCACUGUCAAGAAGGCCUUCAACUAG